AUGGUCGGAUGGAUCACCGAGAAACUGAAGACAGCUAAAGAUGAUUCAUACCUGGAUCCAACCAACAUCCGUGGUAAAUUGCAAAAGCACAUGAAUUAUGAACAAGAACUGAAAGCGAAUAAGAAUCGACUCGAUGAAAUCAACGCAACUGGAGAUGCGUUGAUCAAGGAGAAUCAUUAUGCAGCCGAUCACAUCAAGAAACGUCUCGCCGAAGUUGAUGGUAUGUGGGAUGAUCUUGUCGAUGCCACCGCUAAGAAAUUGGCUAAACUCAAGGAGGCUGGUGAUCAACAGCAAUUCAAUCGGAACAUAGAGGACGUGGAGUUAUGGUUGAGUGAGUUGGAAGGACAAAUAGCAUCUGAAGAUUUCGGUAAAGAUUUGAUAUCGGUUCAGAAUCUGCAGAAGAAACAAGCGCUGUUGGAGAGUGAUUAUAAUGCGCAUCAAGAUCGAAUCGAAAGUCUUCAUAAUCAAGCAAAGACAUUCAGUGAGAGUGGUCACUUUGAUGCACCAGUGAUUCUUCGUAAAGAAGAGGCACUUCGCAAUCGUUACAACGCGCUGCGUGAUCCACUGAAUAGUCGAAAGGCGAAACUGGCCGAAUCUCUGCAAGGCAAUCAGCUGUUCAGAGAUAUUGACGAUGAACUGGCUUGGAUUCGCGAAAAAGAACAGAUCGCUGGUAGCACCAAUAGAGGUUAG